GCCGCUGCGCCGCCGGCUUGGACUUACGCCGAGGGUGGCAGCGACUGGCCUGGAGUGUGCGCUGACGGCAGCCAUCAGUCGCCGAUCGGCAUUGUGACCGGCAGUGAGUUGGCGCCUGCUCUGCCGCCUGAGGCGCGCGCGUCGCUGAACUUUGGGGUCGCCCUUGGUCUACGGAUUUUCAACACCGGCCGCACUGUGCAGGUGGAAUGGGACGACCUGGAUGGGUCGAAUGCAAGCGUGCCCAUCCUGGGAACCGGCUGGGCUUCCAUCUAUGACCCCGCUGCCCUCUACUCCACCCCCACCGGCCCGCCCCCAAAGCUAUUCCAGAUCCCGUUCAAGCCCUUCCAGAUCCACUGGCACAGCGCCUGCGAACACGUGAUGGACGGCGACGCCUGCCCCCUGGAGCUGCACAUUGUGACUGCUGUGGACAACAGCACGGGCGCGGAGGUGCCCGAGCCCUGCAACGCCGCCCCCUGCCUGGCCGUCUUUGGCGUGCUGCUGAAGUACAACCCUGAUGUGUAUGCUCCUGGCGCGCCCUAUCUCGACACCAUCCUCUCCAAUGUGCCCGACACCGUGGGGGCAGCGGCUGCCACGCAUCUGCCUGGCGCGACACUGGAUCUCUCUUCGCUGCUCCCCGAGGAUCUCACAUAUGUGGCAUACAAUGGUUCCCUGACCACCCCGCCCUGCAGCGAGUCGGUGGCCUGGCACGUCUUUGUGACCCCCAAGGCAGAGCUGAGCGCCAGCCAGGUGCAAGGCUUACAGGCCAUCCUUGGCACCACAGUCGAAGAGGCGCCAGCCGCCUGCGUUGUCAACGGGGGGGCCCCGCAUUCGCAGUUGACAUGCCGCAUCCCCUCCGGCGCCCGCAUUAACAACCGCGUCCUGCAGCCAGUGGGCGACAGGGAACUGUUUGUGAGCAUGUAG